UUAUAUAGGCAUAGGCAGAUGAGCUCAGCCCGUCACUGCUGACUGGAGUUACAGGCGAAGGUUUAUAGGAUUCGUUCUGAUACCUGGCGGCUGUGUGAGCGAGAACGUGAAUUAGCUAGUCCAGCAAACCCAUCAAUAACCGACAGACAUGGCUGACCAGCUGACUGAGGAACAGAUUGCUGAAUUCAAGGAAGCUUUCUCCUUAUUUGACAAGGACGGAGAUGGUACCAUUACAACGAAGGAGUUGGGAACAGUAAUGAGAUCACUUGGCCAAAACCCAACAGAGGCAGAGCUACAGGAUAUGAUCAAUGAAGUGGAUGCAGAUGGUAAUGGAACUAUAGAUUUUCCUGAAUUCUUAACUAUGAUGGCACGGAAAAUGAAAGACACAGACAGUGAAGAAGAAAUUCGUGAAGCCUUCAGAGUAUUUGAUAAGGAUGGGAAUGGCUACAUAAGUGCAGCUGAAUUGCGUCACGUCAUGACAAACCUAGGAGAAAAAUUAACAGAUGAAGAAGUAGAUGAAAUGAUCAGAGAAGCAGAUAUUGAUGGAGAUGGACAGGUCAAUUAUGAAGAGUUUGUACAAAUGAUGACUGCAAAGUGAAGUCCUCCUCUUCUUACCUUUUCCCUCUUAGAAAAAAAAAAAAUCAGUUGACUCUUACCUCUUGCAAAAUGUUCAUUUAUUCAUACUGUUUCUGUAUAGAAAACAUUGAAUGUUGAAAAAUUCCUUCUGUCCACAAAAACUGCAUGUAAUGGUUGGUGGUCAUGUCCCUAAAGAUCAGUUAAGCAUCAAUUAGUAAUAACUAUACUACCUUCAAUACUAAAGCACUUGGAGAACUCUAAAAGGUUCCCGUUGCUUAUAAUACUGUUUGGGCUGGCCAUUUUUUUUCAUGCAUGCAGCUUGAGAGUUGAGCACAGUCUGAUGUAUCAAAUGUGCUAAUUCCACUCAAUGUUGUAUUGUGGGUAUAGUACAACUUGUAUUUGGUUUUCCUGAGAAUGUAAUAUAAUAAAAGCAAAAUGGCUGCAGUUGUAUUGCCACGUCGAAAGUGGAAUGGAACUUUGAAGAGUGCUCAAAACAAAUUCAUAAAACACAGAAAUAAAAACAGAUGGCAUGUGGGGAUUUCAAAACUGUUACUUUGUUCUGCAUUGCACUGUGGUGAAAGGAGUGUGAGGGUUGUGACUAUUCUCUAAGUGAUCUUCAGUGAGGGAAACAUCCUAAAUUUCGCAUUUUUAUCUUAAGUUCUCAGUUAUGACAUGAAAGUGUAAAGUGAUAUUGUAUAUCAACAAUACAUAUA